AGUUGUUAGGUUAUGUCACUGCCGAUUGCGUUUAUAGACGAGCUAAAUUUAAUUCAUACUAUUUUCUAAUAAAACCAUAAAAAUUAAAGAACAAUGAGUUUUCCCACCAAGGAGGAACGUACGCGUUGUUGGGCGUCACGCGAUGAAUACUGGGAAUGCUUGAAUGAGAACGCUCCAAAACACAGUUCCACAAGUGGUGAAAAGGUGCCGGAUGUUUGUCAAAAGUUGCGCAAAGCUUUCGAAGGAUCCUGUCCUCGCCAAUGGGUGAAACAUUUUGAUCGCAAACGUACAUACGAACAAUUUAAGGAACGCAUGGAAAAAGGAUAUGACCCACUAGAGGAGAAAACCAAAGCAACAGCACAAAAACAGUCAUAGUUCUUAGUUAAAUUUAAUUUACGCUUGCUAAUGUUAAACUAAAUAAAAGUUCUCACUUAAAUUGUGUAUAUAUAAA